GAAGUGAAGCGACGCCUCUUUCGUCGUAUGGAAGCGUCGCGACGGAGGAAAGGUGCCAGCUGGAGUGCUCGAGACGGCCAGUCGCAAAAGGCUCCCGGUCUUCACGAUUGGUCGAAAGCUUCACUGAACUACGUCGAGCCGACGUUAGCCUCUGAGUCCGGAGCCGACCUCGGCCGGGCGAACCGUCGAGGGGUCUGCUGUUAA